CCUACUGUAGGCCCGAUCAGCGCUUGAGAGCUGCUCAGAUCAAUAAGGAUUGAUGCAUUUUUUGCGCGUCUUGAGAUCUUCUGUGGGCGCACAGGCUGGCUGGCCUGUCCAGAUCUGGUGAUGUUAGACAAUUCAAUGUGAGCUCAGCUGUCGUCCCCCCAUCCGUUCAAAUCAGUGUUCAGAACCAGUCCUUGUCUGCGCACCAACCGUCAGUUUUCUCCGGUGUUGCUGUAUUCUGAUGGAUCAGUAUGUCUACCACUAAUAAUAUCGCCCAGGCCAGGAAACUGGUGGAACAGCUGAGGAUUGAGGCAGGGAUUGAACGCAUAAAGGUGUCGAAAGCAGCAGCGGACCUGAUGAGUUACUGUGAGCAGCACGCUCGUAGCGACCCUCUGCUGGUCGGGGUGCCCACCUCUGAAAACCCUUUCAAGGACAAGAAACCUUGCAUCAUCCUAUAGCCGCUCUCUGCUUUUCCCGCUCUCUCACACACACAAACACACACACACAUUAACACACACUCACACUAAUGUACAUAUAGAUGCAGACUGACACAUAAAGGUUUGCAUUUGCUAUAAAAAUCUAUCCUAACAUUCUCCCAGGCACACAGCCUCAAGAAGCAGCCUUAUCUGGUCUCACUGGGCUACACACAUACAAAGAAAAACACACACUCACCCAAAAUAGCCGCUCUGGAACAGCGCCAUACCCCAGACCGCCGCUAGGGGGCAGGCUUCUCCUUGCUCACAGUGGCUGAGAUGGUCCACGGUGCUUUGGUAACGUUCAUAUAUGCUGGUCAAUUUGCUACCGCUUGACUUGAAAAGGGAUUUGGACAUUAUUAAUCAGUAGGAAACUUGUUUUGUUUCCCCUUCUUUUUUGUCAUGAAACAAGGUGUUGGGUAAGGGCUGUGGCAGGCAUUGGGAGGACGCGUGUGGGCAACUGAAAUGGGAGGUAGGUACCAGGCCAACUGUGCCAAACCAGACCUAGUGUCACAUUAAUAGCUCAAUAAAUGCUUCUUUUUUUGUGGGAAUAUUUAAAAAUGAAAAAAAAAAAAAAAAAAACAGUCUGAGAGCUUUGUCCUUGGAUCAUGACGAGCAAGCGGCUCAGCCUUUGCCUUUUAUCAGACUACAGCAUGUUCCCACCUGAACCUGUAUCAACAGACCUUCUCUGCCUGUGGCCUCACUAUGGCUGCCUGCAGCCUUUGGCCGAGCCUCCAGCUGUGCCAACCUGUACAAAAAGUCGUCUCUAGAUGCUGAUCUGGCGUAGCGGACCCCACCGUGCUUUCACGGUGGCUGACGAUGUUUCCAAUCGAUGUCUGAGCCGACCUCAGAUCCGCACCUACGAGAGGAGCUCAGUGAACGGCUCUACACAGAACUCAAGCUAUUAACCGUGGACGUUUACUGCAUUUUUAUUAAGACAAUUCUUGUUUGUGAACUCACUGUACGUUUAGAUAUUUUGUUGAUGCUUUACAGUACUUAACAGAUAGGAUAAUAUUGUACUUUUUUCCUUUUUUCUUAACUGUUUUUGCUUUGGCGUAGGUGUCACCCCUGGCUGAUCAGAUGUCUUCUCUUGCUUAUGUUAAUGAAAUAAAAAGAGAUCUCGUUGCAGGUCAGGGGUCACACCUAAGCACUCAAGUUUUUACUGUACUACAAAAAUUUCCCCCGACAGAGGGCAAGGCCACUGUCUGACCACAGCUGGAAAUCAGUCUGCAGAGACUGCAAGGCUGGAUGGGAUAAUACUCCAUAUUUGGAAAAAAAUCAUUUCAGCUCACAUUUGAUUCUCUUCACCGUGAGUCUGAAAAAUUCAGAGGAUAGUGUCAAGACAAACAUAUUGAGAGAAGGGUUCACGUGUUACUUUCGUGCGUGAUAAAUCUGGCUAAAAACCAGAUUACCUGGUUUUUACAGCCUUUAAAAGUUCCUUUCUCUCUUGUUUAAAAGCUCGAUAUGGGGUUAGUUUGCCCUAGUAAGGGACUGGAUCAACAGGAGCCUGCAGCGCCCCCUCGGUUUCCUCCUCUCCUCCUCAACGCUCCUUCUUACCCAAAAAACCAAACUUGAUUGUAAAAACUUAAAACGAAGAAGAAAAAAAUGGCAUUAAGAGAAACAAACUAAGUGUAUAAACUUUCUUUCAGACAUGUGCAGAAGUGAUAAGUUUGAAGAGUAGCUGUUUUGGGUUUAUUUUAUUCUUUUUUUUUCUAUGGAGUCCAUGGAACCUGGUCAGUUGAGUAUUAUUACCCUGUACAGUGUUUGUAAGAUACAAAACUCUAAACAAAGAAUCCCGUCUGUGGAUGUUGGACUUUUUAGUACCGCCUGUUUUUUUUUUUUGUCUUUUUUUCCUGUUCUGUCGGUCAGGAUCGCGUCCGUCUUCUUCAUGUUUUCAUAGUCAUUUAGGGUUUGGGGGCUCCUGAUAACGGAGGUUGGUUUUAACCGCAGACGCAAGCACAGUGAUGAGGAUGCGACCCUGAAACAGCAAAAGAUGCCUAGGCAAAGUUUAGAUGAAUCAACAUCGGACCUCACUCCAGUGGCAAAAAAAACAAAAAAAAAACAACCUCCUGGUCUGUCCUUUAACACCAGCUCCAUUCAUUUAUUUUUUAAGUUUUCUCCUGCCCCUUUUUGCGUUGACUUUUAUAUCAAGUAGGACAGCAGACGCGCAGCAUGCACCCAAAACCUCCUUCGCAGGUGAUUUCCACGCUUGAGGGAAGAUAGUGUGAGUGCAGCGGUUAAAAAGGGCCUUAAGGCCUGCCACUGAGAUCUUAUUUUAAACAAUCAUAUUUAGACUUGUGCACCUCGCAGAGGUUUUUCUCGUAGUCUUUGGGGAAUACUUAAAUUUGUUUGCAGACAGAGUUGUGAUUGCGUCUUGAGACAGCUGGUGCACAGGUUUUAAAAGCAAAGAGUGGGGAAAGAAGCGGGCUUUACGUUUCCUGUUUCCAGUCUUUCUGCUAAGCUCACACGAUGAAAGAUAAAGAGAAAUUGGUCCUUUAAGAAAAUACAGGUUUUGAGAUGCAAGUCGAAAACAGUCAUUUGUUCAAAGCCUCAUUUCAUCUAUGACUUAUUCCAAACAAAGAGACGUUUCCAAAGUAUGCAAAGCCGGAGCUGGAAAAAGGCCACGGGAGAAAAGGCUCGGGGGGAUGUACGAGUGUGUGUGUGUGUGUGUGUGUGUGUGUGUGUGUGUGUGUGUGUGUGUGUGUGUGUGUGUGUGUGUGUGUGUGUGUGUGUGUGUGUGUGUGUGUGUGUGUGUGUGUGUGUGUGUGUGUGUGUGUGGUGCUGGUCUUUGCUCCCUGACAAGUACAGUAUGACUUCGCAGAGCAGCAGACAAACAAGUUUCCUUGGAGAGAUGUGGCGUAUAAGAACACACAGUGUGUCGAGUGCUGCAAAGCGUCACAGUAAUGUUACAGUACCACGUUAGUGCAUAUGCAGGUCAGGGUCACCCUGACCACAACAGAGGUGAUGUUACACUACAAAGUCAGAAUAGCGCGAACGGCGUCCGCUUGUUUGUUUUAUCAGGUCAGAGGAUCCCGUACCCACUUUGGGGAAAAAUGCUGAAGCUUUUCCGGCAAAAUGUUGAAAAGCUACUUUUUGAUCUGAUGAAACAGAUGUUCACGUUGGUGGUAGACGUACUUCUUCUUCUGUUUUUAUCUCUGCGCUAAUCUGAGUUGGAUUUUAUUAUCAACGGUUUAUUUUUACCAGACACUGGAUGCUAAUGUAGCUCAAAGAAAAGUUUGAUGCCUAGAGAAAUGUUUUGGGGUUUUUUUGCAUCCCAAAAAGAGAAAGACACUAGUUCAUAUCAACUUUAUCAAGUAUUUUUCUAUCCGGUGAGAACUUUAAUCUAGCGUCUGGGCUAAUUUAUCUUAAAUAUUGGAAAUAUGGGCAUUGUUUUCUGUGGUUCAUUAGUUAACACACUUGAUCUCCUUAUCGUUUCUCCAACUACAUUAAAAAGUGAGCUGGUUGGCAGAUUUUGCUGUUGCUGGGUCAUCCGACUUCCUGUUUCUAGUCUCAACGCCACGCUGAAGUCUCCAGCUGCUGUGUCUAAAUGGGUUUUUGUCACCUGAUGUUUGGCAAAAUAGCAAACAUUCCUAUUGAAAAGUCAAACUAUUCCUUUUUAAAUAAUUUUCCCUCAUCUUUGCUUGUAUUGAAGAGAUGCUUGAGCCAUUCCUUGAGGUCAGGAAGGGUUACCGGCGCAGCUACACAUCAAACAUACAAUCACAACAUAUCGCCUAACACACACACUCACACAGACUGAUGUUGUCCUGAAAAUGCCUGACAUGCUUUUCUUAAAAAAAAAACUAAAAAAAAACAAAGAAACAUUGUCUUUAUUUCUUCAGUCAUUCCAUCCCUUCUUCGGCUGCAAUCGAAGAGGGCCGGCCCCCGCCGGCUCUUUGUCCGACUGAUUGGUUGUUACUUUGCCUUAUAGUGGCGUAUAUUGUGUUAAUGCUGGGUUUUGAAGUUAUCAGAUCAGCAGAAUGAACAGUCUUAAAAGUGGUACGCGUGGCUCACGGCGGACGUCCACUGCUGAAGUGAGCCUGACUCCAUUCAUUUGUGGCCCGGGGAGGAGCGUUGCAGCUCCCCGCCGUUGGACUCUCAUAUCAAACAUCAGUCAUUUGGCUCUGAGCCCUGUCAUCGUUUGUUUUCUGAUCUCCUGUGUAUGCAUACAGUAGGCUAUAUGUAUCUUUUUGCCUUGAUUGAUUAUGAAGAAAAUUUAUCUAUUUUUUGUAACUGUUCUAUGAUGUGCCAUAACUCAUGUUUUCUUGCACACUGUUAAUAUUUUGUGGAUAUUGCUGUUUAAAAAAAAAUGAUAUUGAGAAGUAGAUAACAUUAAUAAAAAGAUG